CGAUUUCACACCCACUCAUAACACCCGCCCACCACCACCACCACCAUCAUGCGCCUCCUCGACAAAGUCGCUCUGAUCACUGGCUCCUCCUCGGGCAUCGGCCGCGCCAUCGCCCUCCGCUACGCCCGCGAAGGCGCCAAGAUUGCCUGCGCGGACAUCACCCCGACCGCCCGCUCCGCCGUCCACAACGAAACCGACAUCACCACCCACGACGCCAUCAUCCAGCAAGGCGGGCAGGCCUUCUUCGUGCAGACCGAUGCGGGCGAUGAGGCGCAGAUGGAGAACGCGGUGCUGCAGACCGUGAAGCAGUUUGGUCGGUUGGAUAUAAUGGUCAACAAUGCCGGCGUCUCCCUUGAAUCGCGCACUCCCGCCCGAAUCCACGAAACUAGCAACGAGCUGUUCGAUACCACCAUGCGAGUCAACACCCGGUCUGUCUUCUUGGGCUCCAAGUACGCGAUCACGCAGAUGUUGAAGCAGGAGCCCCAUUCCUCGGGUGAUCGGGGGUGGAUUGUGAAUUUGUCUUCUAUUAUGGGUAUCGUGGCGGGAACGGAACAUCCAUCCUACUGCGCCUCCAAAGGCGCCGUCAGCAACCUCACCCGCCAAGUAGCGCUGGAUUACGCGAGGGAUCGAAUCCACGUGAAUGCCGUUUGUCCGGGGUAUACCCGAACUGCCAUCUACGAGGAGACUACCCAGUAUAUGCAUACCGCGGAUGACUUGUACCGCCGUCACCCGUUUAAUGGCCCCGGGUUACCGGAUGACAUCGCCCGCGUGGCGGUGGUGUUGGCGAGUGAGGAUGCGAGAUGGAUGACGGGGGCAGUGGUGCCGGUGGAUGGGGGGUAUACUGCGCGGUGAUAUGCUGGUGAUUUGGGAGCUACAUAAUAUAUCUAGUGUGGCUGGGCUAUGUGUUGGUAACUUGGUUGUGGUUGUGUGGGCUAUAUUCGAGAUACAUAGGGUUGAGCCUGGUCAUGGUCUGUGCUCGAAGGUGAGUGAAAUUACUAAACAUCUUUUAUCCUACC